GAGGCCCAUGCCAUGCAGGAGAAGAUCUCAGCCCAGUAUGUCAAUGAGAUCCAGAUGGCUAAGGCUCAGAGGGACUAUGAGCUGAAGAAAGCAUCCUAUGACAUCGAGGUCAACACCAAGAAGGCAGAGUCUGAGAUGGCCUACCAGUUACAGGUAUGUCCAUGAUAUUACACUAAGACAUGGAUGUAUUGUAUAGCACACCCAAUCUCGUUAUUUGUUUGUUCUCAAAAUCACAACAUAUAGAAAGCAGCUCACUAAACCAAUUGAAACAAAGCAACAAAAAGUAAAACACAGAAUAACACAAAAAUAUAGAGGAAAACAUAACCUCUUAAAAAUAGUCAUAAAGAGUACUACUGAGAUCUUGGUGUUACCAUUUUAACCCGUCAGGUGGCCAAGACCAAGCAGCGCAUUGAGGAGGAGAAGAUGCAGGUCCAGGUGGUGGAGCGCUCUCAGCAGAUCAUGCUCCAGGAGCAGGAGAUCACCCGCAAGGAGAAGGAGCUGGAGGCAAAGGUCAAGAAGCCUGCUGAGGCAGAGAGAUACCGCCUGGAGAAGCUGGCCGAGGCCCAGCGGUGAGUAACAGCCACAGGUCUCCAAAUGACCUUUCACAAAUUAUAUAUUGUAUUUUGUGAAAAAUGUAUUGCAUAGACAAUGAAAAUAUACUAGAUAUUAAUGCGUUCCAUGGAGUAUGAGACAGACAAAAAAACACAUAUACAAACUAUACUAAAUAUGUAAUAUGUACUAUAUCCAUAGUGUAUACCUCACUGGCCAACUAAGGUGUAUGAGAUAAAAUAAAUAUGUUUCUCUUCCGACAGUGCACAGCUCAUCAUGGAGGCAGAGGCUGAGGCAGAGUCCAUUAGGGUGAGUGAGCAUCACAUUGUUCCAGAUGGAUUCUGAAAACAAAAGUACAUUGUUAGUAUAGGAUUGUUACUGUUCCAAGCAUGUUUUACCCCUAAAAGCAGAUAAUUAUUGUCUGUGACUCGUUUGAGCAGAGAGCACUUUAAUGGUAAUAGGAGAAGUCUAUGUUUACCACACUGAAGUCAUUUUGCUUGUUGAAUCAAUACUACUAAAAAUUGCAGUUAAAUUACAAUAAGUUACACCCAAGGAAGCUGUAACAACAUAAUAUGACCGUCAUAACAAAAAAAGAACAAACCAAAAAAUAUUCUCUCUCAGAUUAAGGGAGAUGCGGAGGCCUUUGCUGUGGAGGCGAAGGGGAGAGCCGAGGCGGAGCAGAUGGCCAAGAAGGCCGAAGCCUUCCAGCAGUACAAGGAGGGAGCCAUGGUGGACAUGCUGCUGGAGCAACUACCACUGGUGAGAACACCUUCAAAGAGAUAGAGCUCAAAUACACACUUAGAGCGGAAUCCUAAUUUGAGAAGUGCGCGUUUAAAAAUCGCGUAAAUCAUGCAUUGAAUAGAAGAUUUGUAUGUUAGUUAGUACACAUAAUUGGGUGAUCACUCGUCACUGGGUGAGUUUUUGGGCAUAGAAACUGGACGAACACCUCUCAUAUGUUCCUCUGCCCUCCUCUAGAUGGCGGAAGAGAUCAGCAGGCCUCUGGCGCAGGCUCAGAAGAUCACCAUGAUUUCCAGCGGCGGCGCCGAGGUGGGCGUGGCCAAGCUCACAGGGGAGGUGCUAGACAUCAUGACCCGCCUUCCAGCGGCUGUGGAGAAACUGACCGGAGUCAACAUCUCACAG